UAUUCAUACGCGCUACCGGAAACGGUCUGUUACUUGUGAAGUUGUGAAGGACGGGAUGUCGCCCGUCUGAUCAGUAGAUCGUAGAGUUAGUAUUUAGGAUUACUUUACUUUAGCAGUUUUUUAACGAUGGAGGGUACAGAGCAACAGGAUGGGGGACCAAGUGAAAAGGAGUCCACUAAGCCCCCCAGUCCAAAGCCUGACCAAGAAGUGGCACCCCCUUUGAUUUCAAAAGGAGAUGAGAAAAAGAAACCACCAGCAAAACAGGCAGCGCAGCCGAAGGUUACGCAGCAGAAGAAGAAUGUUCUCAGCAGUGAGGCCAUGAAAGAAAUGCAGAAGCGGGCCAAACAGAACCGCGAGGAAAGACAAAUGCAGUGUGAUGCCAGGCACCAGCACAUGUUCCAGCAGUUGGCCACGGCCCUUAAUCUGGACGUCAGUGCCGUGGAGGACUUCCUCUUCGGUGAUGAGCGGUUUGACAUGAUUGAACCAUUCUUCAAAGAAAAUGGAACAAGGAAAUUGAUUUUCUUUUAUCAAGAUGCAGGGAAUGGUCAGAAGAAAUUGUUUUUGACACCAGGAGAUGCAGAGGGACUUCAUGGCAUAUGUUUGUACUUCCUAAGAACAACAGCAAAAGCCAUCACUCCCCAGAACAUUGCACAGGAAGUCAACUUUGGAAUGGUGGAUGCCACAGGAGGAAAUGUCCUCAACAGCAUGGAGAAGUACCUCUCCAAAAUCAUACUACCUGCCCUCAAGUCCCUGGAGGCCUGGGGCACCAUCUCAAUGCCCUCCAAUGAGGAGAAUGCCGAGAAGAAAACGGCCCCCCAGGUGGAUGAAUUUUUGGAACAUUUGGAGAAUUUCAUCAGUAGCCUUCUUUCUGCUGUUGACAAUAUGGAGGGGCAGGUAACUCUGGCUGAGAAUGGAAUUGGACACGUGGUGGAUACGUUUGCUUCUCCCCAGGAUUAUCAAGCUGCAGCUGCCAACACUGAGUACCUGGAGAAGUUUGAGAAUCUGUUGUCUACAUGGUCCAAACAAAUAGAGCAGGUGUUGGCUGAGUCUGAGCAGAUGAGGAGGGAGGCAGACGACAUCGGACCAACAGCUGAGUUAGCCUACUGGAAGAGCAGAAUGGCCAAAUUCAACAACUUGCUUGAGCAGAUGAAAAGUCCAAGAUGUAAGGCAGUAGUUGGUGUACUACAAGUUGCCAAAUCCAAGUCACUCCGCAGAUGGAAAGAACUGGACGGUCAGAUUACAGACACAGCUAAUGAAGCUAAGGACAAUGUCAAAUACCUGUAUACACUGGACAAGUUCUUUGGUCCAUUGGUCAAAUGCACACCUGCCACCAUGGUAGAACAUAUUCCUAGUCUGAUGAAUGCCAUCCGAAUGAUCUACAGUAUUUCUCAGUAUUACAACACCUCAGAGAGAAUGACCUCCCUCUUUGUCAAGGUCACUAACCAGAUGAUCACCACCUGUAAAGCCUACAUCAUGCACGACGUCAGCAAAAUAUGGGAUAUCCCUAGACCAGUUUUGCUGCAGAGACUGAAUGAAUGUAUUCAGCUGAAUGAAGAAUACCAGAAGCAGUUCCAGAGGACUAAGGAAAAGCUCCGAGAGAAUCCGAAUGAGCGUCAGUUUGAGUUCAGUGAGAACUACAUUUUUGGUAAAUUUGACACUUUCUGUAAGAGACUGGAGAGAAUCGCGGACAUGGUCAACACGAUGGAGAUGUUUUCUGGACUGCACGGUGUGAAGAUCGAGGGCAUUGACACCAUCGCGGUGAAGUAUAAGACCAUUGUGGACGCUACCAAGAAGAAGAACUACAAUAUACUGGACCACAGGAAAGCCGAGUUUGAUGUGGAUUACGUGGAGUUUCGCAGUCAGAUUGAUGCUUUGAGAGCCAACAUUCAGAAUUUCAUGGAUUCCUGGUUUUCACGAUCAUUAACUACUGAGAAAGCUGUGGAGCUUCUGACCAAGUUUGAGAGCAUUGGAGGAGCGGAGCUUGACAUGAAUGAGAAGUACAUGAGGGUCCUGAUGAGUUACGGUAAGGACCUGGAGGGCAUCAGGAAGGCGUACCAGAAGUACAAGUCCGAGCCCCUGAUCCCCCGCAACCUCCCCCCAGUGGCCGGCAGGAUCGCCUGGUCACGUCAGCUGUACAGGAAGAUAGAACACCCAAUGAAGGUGUUCAAGACAAAGCCAGAAAUUCUGAAGCACCCAGAGGCCAAGAAAAUUGUGAGGAAUUACAACAAAAUGGCAGGAGUUUUGUUAGAAUAUGAGAUGCUGUAUCACCGCGGGUGGUGUAGGGCAGUAGAAGCCGCUAAAGGAGGCCUCAAUUCUUCCCUCCUUGUCCGUCACCCAGAGACCAAUGAACUCUAUGUGAACUUUGACCCACAAGUGCUUGAGUUGAUUCAGGAGUCCAAAUGCCUUCAGGCCCUGAAACUGGAAGUUCCUGAUACAGCCAAGGCCCUUAUUGUGAAAGAGGAGGAAAUCAAGAGUAACUCUGUAUCUUUACGUGAGAUGUUGCUGGAGUACAAGAGAAUCAAGGACGACAUCCCGGCUGUGUUACAGCCCCCCAUGAAGCCUUUCUGUGAUCGAGUAGAGGAGGCCCUCCUCCCCGGAGUUACCACCCUUACCUGGACAGCCCUUAAUGUGGAUCACUACAUUGAGCACACCUACAAGGUGAUGGCUCAGCUAGAGAAGCUCUCUAAGACGGUCAAGGACAUCCUGGACUGUCGUAUUGAGGCCGUCCUACAAGACAUGUCUGUCACAGCGCUUUGUGACCUCCCGGAGGAUGAGGCCGUUACCAUGGAGAAGUUCCUGGAUCUGACAGCCACGGCUGUGGAUAGUGCUUCCAAACAACUUGCCAAUCAAAGCCAGCUGGUGGAGCAGGCUGUGUAUGAAUUAGUGGACACCAUGAAGGGGAACCUGAAUGCUAAAGAGAAGGCGGUCCUGGCUGAAGGGGAGGGGUCCUCAGAGACGGACUGUUACUAUGCCCUGCUGAACUACUUCACCCAGAGAAACACUGAGGCACUGGUCAAAUGUACCCGCCUGUCCUUGGAUGCCAUUAAGAGGAGACUUCAAAUCUUUAAUAAGUACAGCAAGGAUGCAGACAAGAUGGAUUCCAAGCCUCCGUUGUUCCGCGCUGACAUUGUUCUGGCGAUCCCUAACGUAGUGAUGAAGCCCAGUCUGGAUGACCUUCAGUCAGCCCUGAACAAGGCGGUACAGCUGAUACUGAAGACGUCCCAGGACAUCCCGCAGUGGGAACAUCUCAUCUACCACCAGAAACAGCAACAGAAGAUAACGGAGAAGUCAACACGAGGUGACGGAAAGGAAAUGGAACAAAUGGCGGCUGACCAGGGUGAGGAGGCCAAGAUGAUGCCCAACUCGAUGAUCAAACCUCUGCACAAGAUAAUCGCGGAGCACAAGGACGUGACAAAGAUCGUCAUUCAGCUGAACUCCAUCAUCACUCAGAACAAGACGGAGGCACAGGAAGUGCUGGAGAUCUUCACCAAGGACAGCCACCUGUGGGACAAGGAACCAGAGGCCACUGUCAAGGAAUUUAUGUCUAACAAUCCCAUACUCACUGAAAUUGAAGCUCAAAUCAGAUAUUACCAGAAACUGGAAACAGAGAAAGAAGAGAUGCAGCUUAGCUACAGGGUAGGUGCCACAUUGUUGAGCACAGAACCACUCAAACUGGCUCUGAUUACUGAGGCCAAGAACUGGAAGAUGGCAUACGCCAAGGCUCUGAAUGAGAAGUGUGCCCACGAGAUGGACGAGAUACUGGACUUCAUUGACAAUCUCACCAAACGUUUGUCUCGCCCCGUCAAAGACUUGGACGAUGUCAGAUCUCACAUGGCUUCCCUCGCAGAAAUCCGCGAGGCCGAAAUCCGAAUCGACAUGACAAUCACCCCAAUGGAGGAAAGCUAUGCAAUGCUUAACAAGUACAAUAUUUUCUUCAAUGACGGCAAUGCUGAGCGAGUUGAUACUCUGUCUUACGGCUGGAAGAAGCUGAUUGCUCAGUCACAGCAGGUCCAGAACCACCUGCUGAAGAUCCAGCCCGAGUUCAAGGCCGACCUCCUGGCUGGAGUGGAACAGUUCAUCACAGAUAACAAGGAAUUCGUUUCUGACUAUGACACCAAGGGUCCUAUGGAGGAAGGUAUCCACCCACGCGAGGCCUCAGACAGACUGAACAUCUACCAGGCCCGCUUUGAUGAGCUGUGGAGGAAGUACACCACUUACUCCGGGGGAGAGGAACUGUUUGGCCUGCCCGUCACUCAGUACCCUGACCUCCAGAGGAUAAGGAAGGAACUGAACCUCCUCCAGAAACUGUACCAGCUGUACAACGUGGUGCUGGAGAACGUCAACGGAUAUCAGGAUAUCCCCUGGGUGGAGAUUGAUAUUGAGAAGAUUAACAAUGAGCUGCUUGACUUUGGAAACAAAUGCCGAAAACUGCCCAAGGCUUUAAAAGAGUGGCAGGCUUAUGAAGAGUUGAAGAAGACGAUUGAUGACUUUAACGAGACUUGUCCUCUUCUGGAGAUGAUGUCAAACAAAGCGAUGAUGCCACGUCACUGGGAGCGCAUCGCUCAGAUCACUGGACACACGUUUGACGUAGAGGCCGACAACUUCCUGCUGAGAAAUCUGAUGGAGGCUCCUCUACUACAGUACAAAGAGGACAUUGAGGAUGUCUGCAUCUCUGCGGUGAAGGAGAAGGACAUUGAAGCCAAACUGAAGCAGGUGGUCAAUGACUGGAGUGCCCAGGACUUCCAGUUCUCCAGCUUCAAAACCCGAGGAGAGCUUCUACUGAAAGGUGACACGACCUCAGAGACAGUGGCCCUGAUGGAGGACAGCUUGAUGGUGCUUGGAUCCCUCCUCAGUAACAGGUAUAAUGCUCCCUUCAAACCCAAAAUCCAGGAGUGGGUCCAGAAGCUGACCGGCACCACCGAGAUCAUUGAGAACUGGCUGGUGGUGCAGAAUCUGUGGAUCUACCUGGAGGCUGUCUUUGUGGGUGGUGACAUUGCCAAACAGCUGCCCCAGGAAGCUAAGCGCUUUAGCAACAUUGACAAGUCUUGGAUGAAGAUAAUGCAGAGAGCUCAUGAGAUUCCCAAUGUGGUGCAGUGUUGUGUGGGGGACGACACCCUGAGCCAACUCCUGCCCCACCUCCUGGAGCAGCUCGAGAUCUGUCAGAAAUCACUCACAGGCUACCUCGAGAAGAAACGUCUCAUCUUCCCACGAUUCUUCUUCGUGUCUGACCCCGCCCUGCUGGAAAUCCUGGGUCAGGCCAGUGACUCCCACACCAUUCAGGCCCAUUUGUUGAGUGUAUUUGAUAACACCAAGACCGUGACGUUUGAUGAGAAAGUUUAUGACAAGAUUCUGUCCAUCAACUCCCAGGAAGGGGAGAAUGUAGGACUGGAGGAAGCUGUCAUGUGUCAGGGUAACGUUGAGAUAUGGCUGGGAGACUUACUGCGUGUGUCGAGGAAGUCCCUCCACAGCAUCAUCAGAUCAGCAGCCAUCAGUAUCGGAGAUCCAAGCUUCAAACUCAUCGAGUUCGAGAACAUGUUCCCCUCACAGAUUGGACUGUUGGGUAUCCAGAUGUUGUGGACGCGAGAUUCAGAAGAAGCUCUCAACAAUGCUCGAGUGGAUAAGAAAAUAAUGCAGAACACCAACCAGAAAUUCUUAGACAUUCUGAAUGAGCUCAUUGCCAUGACAACCACUGAACUGACCAAAAUUGAGAGAACCAAAUUUGAGACCCUCAUUACUGUUCACGUCCAUCAGAAAGACAUCUUUGAUGACUUGGUAAAGAUGCACAUCCGCUCCCCCAAUGACUUUGAGUGGCUGAAGCAGUCCAGGUUCUACUUUAAGGAGGACACAGACCAGUGUCUGAUCUCCAUUACCGACGUAGACUUCACCUACAUGAACGAGUUCCUGGGGUGCACCGAGCGUUUGGUCAUCACUCCGCUCACUGACAGAUGUUACAUCACCCUGGCCCAGGCCUUAGGAAUGUCCUUGGGAGGAGCCCCUGCUGGGCCCGCCGGUACAGGGAAGACAGAGACCACCAAAGACAUGGGGCGGUGUCUCGGCAAAUACGUGGUGGUAUUUAACUGCUCCGAUCAGAUGGACUACAGAGGACUGGGGCGAAUCUACAAAGGUUUGGCCCAGUCUGGCUCCUGGGGAUGCUUUGACGAGUUCAACAGAAUUGAGUUGCCUGUGUUGUCUGUGGCUGCUCAACAAAUCGCCAUCGUACUGCUGUGUAAGAAGGAGAGGAAGUCUCAGUUUAUCUUCACUGACGGAGACAAUGUGGACAUGGAUCCCGAGUUUGGUAUUUUCUUGACUAUGAACCCUGGUUAUGCUGGUCGUCAGGAAUUGCCAGAGAAUCUGAAGAUUAACUUCCGUACAGUAGCCAUGAUGGUUCCCGACAGAGCCAUUAUCAUCAGAGUCAAGUUGGCUAGCUGUGGUUUCAUGCAGAACAUUGUCCUUGCCAAGAAAUUCUUCACUCUCUACAAACUCUGUGAGGAACAGCUAACAAAACAGGUCCAUUAUGAUUUUGGUCUUCGUAAUAUUCUCUCUGUCCUGCGUACUUUGGGAGCAUUCAAGCGUGCCAACCCUGAGGAUGCUGAGACCGUGAUUGUGAUGAGAGUUUUACGUGACAUGAACUUGUCCAAGCUUGUAGAUGAGGACGAACCUCUCUUUAUGUCUUUGAUUGAUGACUUGUUCCCUGGAAUCACACUAGACAAGGCAGGGUACCCAGAAAUGGAGGCUGCCAUUGAGAAAAAUGUACUUGAUGCGGGACUGAUCGUCCACGCCCCCUGGAUCCUGAAGCUGAUUCAGCUGUUUGAGACCCAGCGGGUCAGACACGGUAUGAUGACCCUGGGGCCCACCGGGGCAGGGAAGACCAAGUGUAUCAACAUGCUGAUGAAGGCCAUGACAGAUUGUGGUGAGCCCCACAAGGAGAUGAGGAUGAACCCCAAGGCUAUCACCGCCCCCCAGAUGUUUGGUCGUCUGGAUGUGGCCACUAAUGACUGGACAGACGGGAUCUUCUCCACUCUCUGGAGGAGAACUCACAAAACCAAAAAGGGUGAACAUAUUUGGCUGAUUUUGGAUGGUCCAGUAGAUGCUAUCUGGAUUGAGAACUUGAACUCUGUGCUGGACGACAACAAGACCUUGACCCUGGCUAACGGUGAUCGUAUCCCAAUGGCCCCUAAUUGUAAGAUCAUCUUUGAGGUGCACAACAUUGACAAUGCCUCGCCAGCUACUGUCUCCAGAAACGGGAUGGUGUUCAUGUCCAGUUCUAUCUUGGACUGGGAUCCCAUCCUUAGGGGAUGGUUGAAUACACGACCUGCCAAUCAACAGGACACUAUCUUCCAAACUUGUGAAGCCAUCUUUCCCAAACUUUACACCCAAGUCAUUCAGAAAUAUGAAGCCAAAAUGCAGGUGCUUGAGUGCAUGUAUGUGAGGCAGCUGUGUGACUUGUUGGAAGGUCUGAUUCCUUCAGGAGAGGAGGCUAAAGACAUCAAAGUACCCCAUCUACAGAGGAUCAUUAUCUUUGCUCACAUGUGGACCCUUGGGGCUCUAUUGGAGCUGGAAGACAGGAAGAAGAUGGAGGACUGGCUUAAGGAGAACGUCAGUAACCUGCCCCUCCCCCCUGCUGACGGGGACGACACCAUCUUUGAGUACAUGGUGGGAGAGACAGGAGACUGGGAGCACUGGUCUGGACUGGUGCCAGAGUACGUCUACCCCUCAGACUCCGUACCCGAGUACACCAGUAUCCUAGUUCCCAACGUGGACAAUGUCAGAACGGAUUACCUCAUUGGAACCAUCUCCAAGCAGGGCAAGGCGGUGCUCCUGAUUGGUGAACAGGGUACAGCUAAGACUGUAAUGGUGCAGGGAUACUGUAACAAAUUUGACCCAGAAACUCAUGUGUUUAAGAGCUUUAACUUCUCCAGUGCCAGUACACCUUACAUGUUCCAGAGAACUAUUGAGAGUUAUGUAGACAAGAGGAUGGGUACAACCUACGGCCCACCAGCAGGGAAGAAGAUGACAGUGUUUGUUGAUGACAUCAACAUGCCCAUUAUCAAUGAAUGGGGAGAUCAGGUGACCAAUGAGAUCACCCGCCAGAUGAUGGAGGCUAAGGGAUUUUACAAUCUGGAGAAGCCUGGAGAGUUUACAAACAUUGUAGACAUCCAGAUGGUGGCCGCCAUGAUCCACCCAGGUGGAGGUCGUAACGACAUUCCGUCCCGACUUAAACGACACUUCAACAUCUUCAACUGCACUCUCCCGUCAAACAGCUCCAUUGACAAAAUCUUCAAGACCAUUGGCAAAGGCUAUUUCAUUCCGGGUCGAGAAUUUGCAGAGGAGGUCUGUGAACUGGUUAACUCCCUUGUCCCAGCAACUAGAAAAGUGUGGCAGCGAGUCAAGGUCAAGAUGUUGCCUACCCCUGCCAAGUUCCACUACGUCUUCAACCUCCGUGAUUUGAGUCGUAUCUGGCAGGGCAUGCUGAAUACGACCCCCGAGAUUAUCAACAACGCCGGCAGAAUGAUGUCCCUGUGGAAGCACGAGUGUUUCCGCACCAUCGCUGACAGAUUUGUUGACAUAACAGACAAAGAUUGGUUUGACAAGACCGUUAAGCAGGUUGCUGAGGAGGAGUGUGGUUCUGCAGCAGUGGCAGACAUGGAGGCCGAGCCGUAUUUUGUUGAUUUCCUUCGUGAGGCCCCAGAACCUACAGGUGAGGAGACAGACGAUGCAGACCUUGAGGCCCCUAAGAUCUAUGAACCGAUCCCUACCCUGGACUUCCUGUCUGAGCGCCUCAAGUCCUACCAGGAACAGUACAACGAGACCAUCAGAGGAUCCAAGAUGGACCUGGUCUUCUUCAAGGAUGCUAUGACGAAUCUGGUGAAGAUUUCCCGCGUCAUUCGUACGCCCCGAGGCCACGCCCUGCUGGUGGGAGUGGGAGGGUCUGGUAAACAGAGCUUGACCAGACUGGCUUCAUUCAUCGCUGGCUACAAAAACUUCCAGAUCACCUUGUCCAGGUCGUACAAUGUAACAAACCUGCUGGAGGAUCUAAAAUUCCUGUACAGAACGGCAGGACAGCAGGGAAAAGGAAUCACCUUCAUCUUCACUGACAACGAGAUCAAAGACGAGGGCUUCCUGGAGUACAUGAACAACAUCCUGUCCUCAGGAGAGGUAUCUGGCCUGUUUGCAAGAGAUGAAAUGGAUGAGAUCUUACAAGAACUGAUAGCAGAAAUGAAGAAAGAAUUCCCACGUCGUCCACCCACAAACGAGAAUCUGUACGAUUACUACCUAUCUCGCUGUCGACAGAACCUUCAUGUGGCUCUGUGUUUCUCUCCUGUUGGUGAGAAGUUCCGUAGCCGAUCCCUCAAGUUCCCUGGACUUAUCUCUGGCUGUACAAUGAACUGGUUCCAGCGCUGGCCAAAGGAUGCCCUGAUAGCCGUAUCCAACCAUUUCCUGGCAGAAUACGACAUUUCCUGUACACCUGCUGUCAAAACAGCUGUUGUCGGAACUAUGGGUCUCUUCCAGGAUCUUGUGGCGGAGAUGUGCAUUGAUUACUUCCAAAGAUACCGUCGUCAGACCUAUGUUACACCCAAGUCUUAUCUGUCCUUCAUUGCUGGUUACAAGACCAUAUACAGCGAGAAGAAAGGAGAAAUUGGCAUUCUGGCUGAGAGAAUGAAUACAGGUUUGAAAAAACUAGUUGAAGCAACUGAGUCGGUAAAUGAACUGUCCAAGGAACUGGCAGUCAAGGAAAAGGAGUUAGCGGUGGCCUCUAAGAAGGCUGACCAGGUGCUUGCUGAAGUGACCGUCAGUGCCCAGGCGGCUGAAAAGGUCAAGGCCCAGGUACAGGUGGUCAAGGACAAAGCCCAGGCUAUUGUAGAUUCCAUCUCCGUGGACAAAGCGUCGGCCGAGGAGAAACUGGAGGUGGCCAGGCCUGCCCUGGAGGAAGCGGAGGCUGCCUUACAGACAAUCAAACCUGCCCAUAUCUCCACUGUCAAGAAGCUGGGAAAACCCCCUCAUCUGAUCAUGAGGAUUAUGGACUGUGUACUGUUACUCUUCCAGCGCCGUUUAGACCAAGUCAAAAUGGAUGAAGAGAGACACUGUGUCAUACCAUCCUGGUCAGAAGCCUUGAAACUGAUGAGCAGUAGCUCCUUCCUGAAUGGUUUAAUGACCUUUAAUAAGGAUACCAUCAAUGAGGAGACGGUGGAACUGUUACAGCCCUAUUUACAGAUGGAGGACUACAAUCUAGAGACGGCUCAGAAAGUGUGUGGUGAUGUAGCCGGUCUGUGCUCCUGGACCAAAGCCAUGGCCUUCUUCUACGGCAUCAACAAAGAAGUAUUGCCCCUAAAGGCAAACUUAGCGGUACAGGAGGCUCGACUUCAGUCGGCCAUGAAGGACUUGAACAAUGCCCAGGCACAGCUAGACGAGAAGAACAAGGAGCUGGCCGCUGUAAUGGCCAUGUAUGAUGCUGCCAUGAAGGAAAAGCAGGCAUUGGUAGAUGAUGCAGAGGCCUGCCGCAGGAAAAUGACUAAUGCCACUGCCUUGAUUCAAGGCCUGUCAGGGGAAAGAAUCCGUUGGACUGAGGCCAGUAAGGGAUUCGAGGCUCAGAUCCACAGACUUGUCGGGGAUGUCCUGCUCUGCACUGGCUUCCUGUCCUACACAGGCCCGUUCAACCAGGAAUUCCGAAACCUCAUAUUGAAAAACUGGAAAAAGGAGAUGAUUGCCCAGAAAAUUCCAUUCAGUGAUGACCUGCAGAUUGUGUCUAUGUUGGUGGACAAUGCCACUAUUGGAGAGUGGAACCUUGAAGGUUUGCCCAAUGAUGAGCUGUCCAUUCAGAAUGGUCUGAUUGUAACCAAGGCUUCCCGCUUCCCUCUUCUGAUUGAUCCACAGGGGCAGGGCAAAGCCUGGAUUAAAAAGAGGGAGGGCAAAAACGAAUUACAGGUGACAGCCCUGAACCAUAAAUACUUCCGUACCCACCUUGAGGACAGCCUGUCCCUGGGGCGACCCCUCAUUAUUGAGGAUGUGGGUGAGGAACUGGACCCAGCCCUGGACAACGUCCUAGAAAAGAACUUCAUCAAGUCAGGCUCCACAUUCAAGGUGAAAGUAGGAGAUAAGGAGGUAGAUGUGAUGAAUGGAUUCCGUCUGUACAUCACCACAAAGCUAGGUAACCCGACCUACACACCAGAAGUGUCAGCUCGCACGUCCAUUGUGGAUUUCACUGUAACAAUGAAGGGUCUGGAGGAUCAGCUGUUAGGGGUGGUCAUCUUGACUGAGAAACAGGAACUGGAACAGGAGAGAGUGUCCCUAAUGGAAGAAGUGACGGCCAACAAGAGGAAGAUGCAGGAGCUGGAAGAUAACCUGCUGUACCGCCUGACAUCCACCCAGGGGUCACUGGUGGAGGACGAAUCUCUGAUCGAGGUGCUGCAGGUCACCAAGGCCACCGCCGAGGACGUCAGCGAGAAACUGAAGGUCGCCGCCGAAACCGAGAUUAAAAUCAACUCCGCUCGUGAGGAAUUCAGGCCAGUAUCAAACAGAGGAAGUAUCGUGUACUUUGUUAUUGUUGAGAUGAGCUUGGUCAACAUCAUGUACCAGACUUCCUUGAAACAGUUCCUGGAACUUUUCGACCUGUCUAUGGCUAAUUCCCAGAAAUCCCCCAUCACCAGCAAGCGUAUCAAUAACAUCAUCGAGUACUUGACCUAUGAAGUAUUCAAAUACACAGCCCGAGGUCUGUAUGAGGUAGACAAGUUCUUAUACACCACUCUCCUGACUUGUAAGAUUGAGUUGAAUGGUGGCAGGAUCCGUAUGGAGGAAUUCCAGACCUUCAUCAAAGGAGGUGCCGCAUUGGAUUUAAACGCAGUGGAGCCCAAACCCAAGAAAUGGAUCUCAGAUAUCACCUGGCUUAACUUGGUAGAGCUCAGUAAACUAGGACAGUUUAGCCAGAUCUGUGGUCAAGUGGCUAGGAAUGAUAAGGCCUGGAAGAACUGGUUUGAUGACGAUGCUCCAGAAGAGUGCACUAUUCCAGAUGGCUACUCCACAACUCUGGAUACAUUCCGUAAGCUGCUCCUGAUCCGAUCCUGGUGCCCAGACAGAACAGUGCCCAUGGCUAAAACUUACAUUGCUGAGGCUAUGGGUCCCAGGUUUGCAGAGAGCGUCAUUUUGAACUUGGAGGAAAUGUGGAAGGAAUCUAACAUCAGGACCCCCAUGGUUUGCUUCCUGUCCAUGGGAUCUGACCCGACAGAGAACAUCAUGGGUCUGGCCAAGAAGAAGAACAUCAAAUGUGGCUAUAUCUCCAUGGGUCAAGGUCAGGAGGUGCACGCCCGCCGCCUCAUCUCCGCCUCCAUGCAGGAUGGGUCCUGGGUCCUGCUACAGAACUGUCACUUGGGUCUGGACUUCAUGGACGAAUGUCUAGAUACAGUCAUCACAGCUGAAAAUGUAAAUGAAAACUUCCGUAUUUGGAUGACAACUGAGGAACACAAGAAGUUCCCAAUCAACCUGCUGCAGAGCUCUAUCAAGUUCACCAAUGAACCUCCACAGGGCGUCAAAGCCGGUCUGAAGAGGACAUACGCUCUCAUUACUCAGGAACAACUGGAAUACACAAACCUGCCGCAGUGGAAGCCAAUGUUGUACGGCGUGGCCUUCCUUCACACAACAGUACAGGAGAGGAGGAAGUUCGGACCCAUCGGAUGGAACAUCCCCUACGAGUUUAACCAGGCCGACUUCACCUCCACUGUACAGUUCAUACAAAACCAUCUGGACGACAUCGAUCCAAAGAAGGGUGUGUCUUGGAACACUGUUAGAUACAUGGCAGGAGAGGUACAGUACGGAGGUCGUGUCACAGACGACUAUGACAAGCGACUUUUGAACACCUACUGUAAAGUGUGGUUCAGUGAGGCCAUGUUCUCUGACAGCUUCCAGUUCUACACUGGAUACAAGAUCCCCAAAUGUAAGAACCUGGAUGAAUACAGAACGUACAUAGAGACUCUGCCGCUAAGAGACUCCCCAGAAUGCUUCGGUCUGCACUCCAAUGCUGACAUCACAUACCAGACUAACACAGCAAACACCAUGCUUGCCAACAUUGUGGACAUUCAGCCUAAGGAUGCCGGCGGUGGUGGUGGUGAGACCAGGGAGACUGUGGUGUACAGACUGGCAGACGACAUGUUGGAGAAACUGCCACAGGACUAUAUUCCUCAUGAGGUGAAAGAGAGACUGAAGAAAAUGGGCCAGCUUCAGCCAAUCAACAUCUUCCUUCGCCAAGAGAUUGACAGAAUGCAGAAGGUCAUCACUUUAGUCCGUAACACACUACUGGACCUAAAACUGGCCAUUGAUGGAACCAUCAUCAUGAGUGAGAACCUUCGCGAUGCUCUAGACAACAUGUUUGAUGCCCGUGUCCCCACGAACUGGAAGAAGAUCUCCUGGGAGUCUGCCACUCUCGGUUUCUGGUUCACGGACUUACUGGACCGUAACCAGCAGUUCUCCACCUGGUUGUUUGAGGGCCGUCCAACGUCGUUCUGGAUGACUGGGUUCUUCAAUCCACAGGGUUUCCUGACAGCCAUGAGGCAGGAGAUCACCAGAGCUCACAAGGGCUGGGCUUUAGAUGCUGUAGUCCUGGACAAUGACAUCACUAGAAUGAUGAAGGAGGACAUCCAUAGCCCUCCUAAUGAAGGUGUGUAUAUUUUUGGAUUGUACCUGGAUGGUGCCGGAUGGGACCGCAGAAACUGCCGUCUGGUUGAGCCCACCCCUAAGGUUCUGUACACAUUACUACCCGUCGCCCACGUCUUCGCUGUAAAUGUUGACAAACCGGGCAAGACCACCAAUCUGUACGAGUGCCCAGUGUACAAGAAGCCCAGGCGUACAGACUUGACCUACAUCUUCCCACUAGCACUGAAGACCAACAAGAAUCCAGACCACUGGAUCUUGCGUGGAGUUGCUCUGUUGUGCGACAUCAAAUAAACUGCAGUCGGACUAUUGCUAAAUCUUACCUUGCGAGUCUAUGUUUUUUCUGUGUGGAGUUUUGCCAUUUCUGACUUUAUGAGAUGUGUUUGAGUGACAAUAUAAUUUGGGCAUAAUAACAAAAGCUGUGCAAGUUUCCAUUUUUUUUCGUACAAGAACAAAACAAAUGUGAUAAACCAAUUAAUUUCCAUCUUGUGUGUUUUGUAUACAGUCUGAUAUUUUUUAUGAAUUCCGUCCAAUUAUUCUUUUAACCAGAACAGUAUUUUUUGGUAUUUAUUUAUUUUCUUUGAGUGUUCUAUUUUUGUAUCCUUCCCUCUUCAUUUUCCACUACAAUAUCUUAAUGCAAAAACUAUACAAAUAAACACAAUUUUGUCUUUUCAAUGAGUAUACAUAUUUAUAUUUUGUUUAUUUAUUUACUCCAUUUGUUGUUAUACAUGCACGAAAAUU